UAUUAUGUUAGUUAUUGUAUUUAGAGUUUAUUUGUUUGAUUGAGAAGGACUUCUGACAUUUGGUUUCAUUUUUUUAAGCCGGGUGGAGCUCCUACUCAAACUCAUCAUAACUAUAGUUACCGAGGACGCGGGAGAGGAAGAGGAAAUGGGGGCCCAGUCACACAAUUCACUGAAGAUUUUGAUUUCAUGGCAAUGAAUGAGAAAUUCAGAAAGGAUGAAGUAUGGGGUCAUCUUGGUAAAAGCAAGUCUCACUCAAAAGACAAAGAUGGUGAAGAAAUAGCGUAUGAAGAUUACCAAGACGAAGAGAAUAAUGAUUUAUCGAACCUUGAGGUUAAGCCUACUUAUAACAAGGAUGACUUCUUUGACUCGCUCUCUUCCAACGUGCAUGAUAAUACUUCACGAAAUGGAAGGACUAGAUACUCUGAACAAGUCAAGAUUGAUACUGAGACGUUUGGUGAUUUUGUGAGGUACCAUGGAAGCCGAGGCGGCCGUGGCCCUGGUCGUGGUGGACGAAUGCGUGGUGGUUAUUAUGGAAGGGGAGGAGGAUAUGGAUAUGGCUAUUCUGGACGAGGCAGGGCUCGCGGUGGCGGUGCCAUGCCUGGUCGAGCUUUAUAGGUGGCAGGGAAUGUUUAGUUAUGGACAUGAUGGAGGGCAAGAGCCUAGGUAGCCUCCAACUAAAGUACCUUAGUCAUGUUAGGGAUUAUUAUGCUUCAUUGCUGAGUUACCUGUGCUUGUUUAACAGAAGAAUAAUAAGUAAGAACUUUUUCUAUUGCAUGUUACAUGCCUCUUGUUACACCUCUACCAAAUUUACCUGGUUUGGUGGAAACAUGUUUGUACACCAUUUUAUUUUAGUUAUAUCAACAAGGCAGAGAAGUUCAGACAA